AUGGCGGCCGCCUGGACUGCAGCGGCGCUGCUGUCCAAGGCCUCCAGGGCAGGCCUUAAGCUGAAGAUGCAGGCCUCGGAUCACGACAUCCUUUUAAGAGUUGCUCGUGGGGAGGAGGCAAACCGCGCGCCAGUGUGGCUCAUGAGGCAGGCAGGGCGAUACAUGAAGGCGUUCAGAGAGUACAGUGACAAGUAUCCCUUCAGACAGCGAUCAGAGACGCCAGAGAUUGCCAUCGAGCUCUCCUUGCAGCCGUGGAAGGCCUUCGGCACAGAUGGCGUCAUCAUGUUCUCUGACAUCCUCACGCCGCUUCCUUCCAUGGGCAUCGAGUUCGAUGUCGUCAAGGGAUCUGGUCCUGUCAUCUUCGACCCAAUCCGCUCCAUGGAUCAGAUCAAGAGCUUGAAGCCAAUCGACGACCCUGACGCCAGUGUGCCCUUCCUCCGAGAGAUCCUCCAGUCCCUGAGAAAGGAGACGGAUGGAAAGACCACGCUGCUAGGGUUUGUUGGCUCUCCUUUCACCUUGGCGGCGUACUCGGUGGAAGGCAAGGCGGACAAGAACUGUUUCCAGACCAAGAAGAUGAUGUACAAUCAGCCUGAGAUCUUGCAUGCCUUCUUGGACCACAUUGCUGAGAACAUUGCUGCGUAUGCCAUCCAUCAGAUCGAUUGCGGCGCACAAGUUCUUCAAGUCUUUGAGUCCUGGGCCCAUCACCUCAGCCCUGAGGACUUCCUGAUCUUCGGGAAGCCCUACGCGGACAAGGCUAUCUCUCUCAUCAAGCAGAAGCACCCCAACGUUCCCAUCAUCUACUUCGCCAAUGGAGGAUCAUCAUACCUUGAACUUCAGCGCGACAUGAAGGCCGACAUGAUCUGCGUCGACUGGAAGAUUGACAUGGCGACUGCAAGAAAGACGCUGGGAGACAAGCCCAUCUCCGGCAACGUCGAUCCCCUCAUCCUCAUGGGGAAAGAGUCCAAGAUUCGCGAGGCUGUCAGAGACUGUGUCCACAAGGCACGAGGGGUCCCUCAUAUCCUCAACCUGGGUCAUGGAGUCAUCCAGCCGACCCCAGAAUCUGCUGUUGCCGCCUUUGUUGAUGAGGCUAAGAAGAUCAAUUUUGCCCAAACCAAGGAGCCAGUGUCAAUCUAGACUCGUCUUCUUGACUGUAACCUUUCCUCCUACAUCCGUUGCUCAACGAUCAGCGAUCUGCUUUAAGAUUGUGUUUUCUCCCUGUUGUAUGCUUUAUCCUUGUAAACAGAGCAAGGCACAAACACGGUCUUCUUCAGAAUGAUAAUGAACGAGGCUGGCUAAUAUG